CAAGACUAGCAGCUAGACAUCAAGACAUUGCAGAUAAAUUUAUGAGGAAGUAUCCUAUGCUAAAACUUGAUAGAUCAACUAUCACCAAGACUUUACAAAAAAGUGAACAAUAUUUUUACCUUGAAGAAAGUCCCGUAAUACAAAAUCGGUGUAAAAAUAAACCACCAAAGUAUUCCUUGCUCGAGACAGCAAUGACAAUUUGGGUAAAUCAAGCUUCCUCUACUGGUAUGGUUCUUUCAGACGAGUUGGUAAAAUUAAAAGGCUGUGAAUUUGGUAAUCAUCUUGAAAUACCCACUUCUUCUGAUGACAAUAGAGAUCAAAGACCUGAAGACAAUGAAUUAGGUUCUGAGUACAAAAAUGGUGAAAAUUUUAUUUCUGAGGGUAGUGAAAAUGAUGAAAUUCCUAAUUCUGAAGGCAAUGAGGAUAAUCAGUCUAAUUUUCAAUCUCGUGGAGGAACUCGCGGAAGAACUCGUGGAAGAACUCGUGAGAGAACUAGAGGAAGCACUUGUGGAAGUACUCGCAGAAGAACUCGUGGAAGAACUCAUGGAAGAACUCGUGGAAGAUCGCGCGGAAGAACUCGAGGAAGACCGCGUGGAAGAGCAUGA